AGGAAUUGAAGAACAAAAUUUUGGAUGAUUCUCAGUGAGAUGCUUCAAUUCACAAGCACAAAGGCUACAACUUUUUGCAGAUUAUGCUGAUCGCAUUGGUUUGGUUUGGUUAAUCUUUGAUUAUUGAUGCAUCCAUCUUGGCUUCAAAACAGUUAUUCACAUUCACUACAUUAUUCUAACCCUGGGAUCUCUAAGUAGUGAGUACAGACAGUGGUUUUAGUAUCUUCCAUUUCUACUUUGAGGUUGCUUGAACUACUACUACUACAUUAUCUGAAUAAGAGGAGCCAAAUUGGAUUCUCAAAAUGCAAGCAUCAGAGGUUCCCCGAACAUCAGGCGAGCAAUAUUAUAACCCUUUCCAUGUUCUAAAUAACUAUAUUUCCAAUGACCACUGCAACUCAGCAACUUGGGAUCCCUCCAUUCACACCCACAACCAACACUUCUUCACUCUGGACUCAUCCCCGACAAUGGAUUAUGUUAACUGUGGCUCGCCAUUAAGUGGAUCUUCUGGUGUUGUUGAUGGAAAUGAACUGAGGCAUGUGUUAAGAGAGUUGGAGAAUAAAUUGUUGGGUCCAGAACCUGAAGAUAGUUGCUCCUUGAAUGAUGAUUUAGUAGUAGUAGUAUCGAAACCUUCUUUUUCAUCGAUGGGAUUGAAAGAGCUGCUGCUUGCCUGUGCUGAAGCUGUAUCAGAUGCUGAUAUAUCGACGGCAGAGGCUCUAAUGAAUCUGUUGGAGCAAAGGGUAUCGGUUUCUGGGGAUCCUAUCCAGCGAUUAAGUGCUUACAUGUUGGAAGGGCUUAGAGCGCGGGUAUUAGCAUCAGGAAGCAUAAUCUACAGAAAGUUGAAGUGCAGGGAACCAACUGGCUCAGAGCUCUUGUCCUACAUGCAAGUCCUCUAUCACAUCUGCCCAUACUACAAGUUCGCUUACAUGUCUGCCAAUAUCGUUAUCCAGGAGGCAAUGGUGAACGAGAAAAGGAUCCACAUCAUCGAUUUCCAGAUUGCACAAGGGAGUCAGUGGGUGUUUUUCAUCCAGGCCCUUGCAAAUCGUCGUGGUGGAUGUGGAUUCCCCCCAUUCGUCCGUAUCACAGGCGUUGAUGAUUCCCAAUCAGCUCAGGCUCGGGGCGGUGGGCUUCAGUUGGUUGGUGAAAUGCUGGCAAAAGUUGCAGCAUCUUGUGGAGUGGGCUUUGAAUUUCAUGCUGCAGGUAUAUCUUGGUGUAGUGAGGUCGAAAUGGAGGACCUCAACAUUCGACACGGAGAAGCCCUGGCUGUUAAUUUUCCUUACAUGUUACACCACAUGCCAGACGAGAGUGUAAGCACCAAGAAUCAUAGAGACCGGUUGCUAAGACUGGUUAGAAGUUUGUCCCCGAGAGUUGUUACCCUCGUGGAGCAGGAGUCCAACACCAACACCGCACCCUUCCUUCCAAGGUUCCGCGAAACUUUAGAUUACUACACAGCAAUGUUCGAGUGCAUUGAUGCAGCAGCUCGGCCUAGGGAGGAUAGGCAGCGAGUCAGUGCAGAGGAGCAUUGUGUGGCACGGGAUAUUGUCAACAUAAUAGCGUGUGAAGGGAGUGAUCGAGUGGAGAGACACGAGCUUUUUGGCAAGUGGAAAUUGCGACUCGUGAUGGCUGGAUUUACCCUGUGCCCAUUGAGCCCCUCCGUUGGUCUCGCCGUGAGGGACAUGUUGAAGGAAUACAGCCCAAAUUACAGGCUAGCAGAAAGUGAUGGUGCACUGUAUCUUGGAUGGAAAAAUAGAGCUUUGGUAACUUCUUCUGCCUGGAGAUGUUAACCAAAACUUCGAAUUUCGAUAUCACCUCUUCUGUUUUCUUCUUCCUUAAAGGCUAAAACAGUGUUUUUCUUAGCUUUCUCCUGGUCUCAGAGAAAGAAUUCUUUAGCAGGCAUGACUUUGUGUUUGUAAGUAUAGGGGUGGAGGAAAACUGGAAAAAAAUGUGCUCUGAAUUGGAAAUAGAUAUGGGCUUCUUGCUAGUGUGUCACUGUACCCCAAGUCUUGAUCUACCUUAAUGAUUUGAUUAUAUGUCCCAUGGCCAGGCUAUUAAAUAUUUAUUUUACCA